AUGUCGGCAAAAUCCAAGACAGCAAAGGCUGCUGCGCCAAACGACCAGCGACCCGCAAAACAAUCCGGAGCGAAGAACGCAUACCUCCUGGCUUACAAUGCCGUCUCUGCAGCACUGUGGGCUGGCGUACUCUACCAAACCGUCACAAUUGGCGGAAACGAAGUAGUCAAUGCACAGAAGGCGGGAGCGUUCUUCGGCAGUAAUGACUGGUUCACUGCAACCAAGCGGGGGCUAGCCAGCGGAAAGGUAUACGAUAGCUUAGAGGGAUACACAAGAACCGUACAAACGCUCGCUGGACUGGAAGUCUUGCACAGUCUAGUCGGUACGUCUCUCCCCGAUACCCAUUCUCCUCCCCUGGACUAA